GAUCUGUACAAGUCCUGCACAAUAGUUAUCAUUUCCUCCCGGUAUACUCCUUGAUAUACCUAAAAAAUAACGACCUACCGCCCAACGCGUCUCGGCACGAUGGACAACCCUCAACAUUAUCAACCGCUCUCCCAUGCUCUUCAUCCUCCCCUCUCCAACUCCAACUCCUCCUUCCAAAAGGUCGCACACCCUCACUACGAGGAGGAGGAAGAAGAAGAUGGAGACGAGGGCGCAGUCGAGGAGCAACUCGAUCAGGACAUGGACUCGGAAAGUAGACAAGACCAACGCGACGAUGCCACUCCGGGCGGCGACCACGCACGCUCGAAUAACAAUCCGCCUGCCGGUACCAGCCAGUCGGCCGAACAACACCUGCAGCAGUCAGCGCAGUCUGAAGGCGAGCGGAAGCGAAAACCUGGUCGGCCGCGCGGGUCCAAAAACAAGAAGGGGCGCAUGAUCUCCACGGUCGACUUGACCAACACGCGACCUCCCACCGUACCUGCGCAACAGCAUGGUUUCUACCAGUACACGCCGGGAGGACAGCCUGGUGAAGUCAACUCGAACAACCAGCAGUACUACGAGUUUCAGUGGCGCGUGCUCAGCUUAUGCGCGGAGUUCUAUGGAGCUGCGGAAGAGCUAGUGAAAGGUACCAGCUCGCUGGUUAUCGCGCAAUGCUAUCAGAUGGGUCCGGGGGUCAAAGUUGACCCUUUAGCCAUGCUGAACGAGGCAAGGCGGAUCUGCGACCAGUUGCUCAGCAAUCCUGCACGCUUAACGGCUCAUCCUCCGCCCCCUAUCUAUCCUGUUAUCCCGGGAUAUGCACACAUCCCACCACCUGCACCUGCACCUUCGGCAUCCAAUAAUGGUAUACCCGCAGGAGGCUCCCCAGCACCAGUGAUCUCAAACCCCCAAUCUUUUGUAGUUCCUAUGGGCAGUCAGCCGACCAUGGCAUAUCCCCCUGUUUAUGGCAAUACGCAUCAAUACCCGACCGCGCCGUACUACCAGUAUCCGGGCUAUACGACAUACUAUUCAGCCUCGAUGGCUCAACCUGCCCAACCUACGGCCCAAGCAGCCCCGCAUACUGCCGCGACAAGCAUCAGUACACCGCUUGGGGUCUCGGCUGGGAACCAGGGCGCAUGGAGUGACGAGGAAACGGAGCGGUUGAAACAACUGGCCGAGCAGAGUCGGGGGCGGGGAGCUGGCGCAGAGAUUGACUGGGAUUGGAUCAUUGCGCAGUGGGGCAAUACCAGGACAAGGCACCAAAUUCUGAUCAAAGCCACUGGGCUAGGUCUCAAGGAAAGCACCUCUAGAGGCCUGAAGAGGCGUCGGGAGACGGAAGGGUCGGUUGACCGAACGGUCCCCUCGGAGCCGACCCCUACCUCUGGCGAACAGCCAGCUCAGCAACCGGCAUCUCAAUCGCCGGCCACUUCCACUCCAGCACCGCCGUCUGCGCAACCCUCGCCGGCCAUACAGGCCGCAAGCACCUCUCAGCCGUCCGCGUCGUCUUCUGUGACUCCAGUGUCGGGUGGUACGACGACGUCGCGGCUUCCGUGGCCCAUGCCGACGGUGGCAUCUACUUCGUCCCCCGUCAUAGCUCCGUCUACAGUUGCUCAUCCUUCGAAUACGGACAGAGCGAACAACUCUAACUACUACCGGUCCCGACCACCGCAAACGACAUCGUCAAGUGCAGGAAAGUCGCCCUCCACGUCGGGUCACGGGGCUACGCACCAGUAUAAUAUGUAUCAGCCGAAUGGUCCCCGACGAGAUGGAUAAAUUCUGGACACACGCUAAUUUCACGCGGGAUCCGUUAUUAUUCUCGUUCGCUGGCAUAUUGCGCUGGAUGCAAUACUAGUUGUGGCAGGGUCGGAAUCCUUGAUGCAGCAGUUAAUCACUGUUCAGAAGUAGUACAGAAGGUAUACGAUACAGCAUUGUGCUAGGUUUUGACUCCCUGGACGUCAAACAAGCAUACUUGCGUUUCUGUCCAUGAGAGAUAUUUACACCAAUGAGGCGGUACAAGAAAUGUAA